UCCCCAUCCCUUCCAGCGAUUGCCCUUGGCUUGGGGCCCCUUUCUUGCUCUACUACUGCUAAAGAGCGAAGCAACUGGGUAACGUGUGAGAGGAGACCUGGGCUUCAUCCCCAGCAGCAGCAAACUACAGACCUCUGCCUGCUAAGGAGCUGCAACGUACCAGCCAGCAGGAAAGACAGGCUCUUUCCCUGGCCCCGAUCGGGGGGGGAGGGAGCAGUUCAAAGGCAUGAACGAGGAGCUGGGCAGCCUAAUCCCCCGCCCCCCGCUGGCUGGCCCCGGCUCUCCACUAACUCCGGCUCGGCAGCCGCCCAGUGCAAGGGCAACGUGCAGCUGCCCUGGGCUCACCCAGGCGGCGGCGGCUGCCGCGGCUGCGUUACUGGGAGAGACUGUGCCGCUGCGACAGGGGAGGACGAGGCUGGGAGCUGAAGGAGGCUCCGUGAGCAUGCGCCGCCAGAGCCACUGACUAUGUUCUCAGUCCAGGUAUCAAGGCAAAAAAAAAAAGGCAAAAAAAAAACCCCACUAGCAAUUUAUAGCCAGCAGACGCUGUAGUGUGUGUGGCUCUCCAGCACCAACAGAUAUUUUGAUGGCAUGACAAGUCAGAAAGAAGAAAAGAGGAUGUACUGUAUGACUAGACACAAGAUCUGUUCUGUUUGUGGAUUACAUUUGCAGUAAGAUGUAUGGAUCUAUUUUUUCCUUGUUCUUAUAUAUAGAUCAUAAGACUUGACUGUGGCAAUAUCCAUAUCAUCCAUCCAUCUAUGGCGAACUACAGCCAUGCAGCUGACAACAUUUUACAAAAUCUCUCUCCUUUAACAGCCUUUCUGAAACUGACUUCACUUGGUUUCAUAAUAGGAGUCAGUGUGGUGGGUAACCUUCUGAUCUCCAUUUUGCUAGUCAAAGAUAAGACCUUGCAUAGAGCUCCUUACUACUUCCUGUUGGAUCUUUGCUGCUCAGACAUCCUCAGAUCUGCUAUUUGUUUCCCGUUUGUUUUCACCUCUGUAAAAAAUGGCUCUACUUGGACGUAUGGGACUCUUACUUGCAAAGUGAUUGCCUUUUUGGGGGUUUUAUCCUGCUUCCACACUGCUUUCAUGCUGUUCUGCAUAAGUGUCACCAGGUACUUAGCUAUUGCCCACCACCGGUUUUAUACAAAAAGGCUGACCUUCUGGACUUGUUUGGCAGUUAUCUGUAUGGUGUGGACCCUUUCUGUAGCUAUGGCUUUCCCCCCAGUUUUAGACGUGGGCACCUACUCAUUCAUUAGGGAGGAAGACCAAUGCACCUUUCAGCAUCGUUCUUUCAGGGCCAAUGAUUCUUUGGGAUUUAUGCUUCUUCUUGCCCUUAUACUCCUAGCCACACAGCUUGUCUACCUCAAGCUGAUAUUUUUCGUUCAUGAUCGCAGGAAAAUGAAGCCAGUCCAGUUUGUUGCCGCGGUGAGCCAGAACUGGACUUUUCAUGGCCCUGGAGCCAGUGGUCAAGCAGCAGCUAAUUGGCUGGCUGGAUUUGGAAGGGGUCCCACGCCACCAACCUUGCUGGGAAUCAGGCAAAAUGCAAAUACCACCAGCAGGAGAAGGCUACUGGUCUUAGAUGAGUUCAAAAUGGAAAAGCGAAUCAGCAGAAUGUUUUACAUUAUGACAUUCCUCUUUCUGACCUUGUGGGGUCCCUAUUUGGUAGCCUGUUACUGGAGAGUUUUUGCAAGAGGGCCUGUCGUACCAGGGGGAUUUCUAACAGCCGCUGUCUGGAUGAGUUUUGCCCAGGCUGGAAUCAAUCCUUUUGUCUGCAUUUUCUCCAACAGGGAGCUGAGGCGCUGUUUCAGUACAACCCUUCUUUACUGCAGAAAAUCCAGGUUACCAAGGGAACCUUACUGUGUUAUAUGAGGGAGCAUCUGUAAAUCUUUAGCCUUGUAAAACACUACCCUUUCUCUGCUAAGCAAUUGUGGCCUGUAGCCAUGUCUUGAGAAGAAAAUCAAGAAUGGGAAGUCAGCAGCUAUAAGGAUUUGGGCAACAUUCUGCAGUCUUUGCAAUAGCUCACCUAUAAUCCUAUUUGAAACCCAAAUGUGUUCCUGCUGACCACGGGUGAAGGUUUGUAAUUAAGAACAAAGGACUGAACCACUGCCCUGAAUUCCUUUAUGUGGUUGAAAGCUAGAUAAGGAUUGCAGAUGCUAAGUAUCAGUGCUAAAUGCUGUGAAUAUCACUACAUAAAAUAAGACCAUCAAAACGAUUAGCAUUGGACAUCUUAAUAAGUUAAGUUGACAUGAGGUUAAUGUGUGGAUAAAACUAAUUUUAGACAUCUGAAGACGUUUAAAACAUUUCAUACAAUUAUUGUUUUGCAAAGACUGAAAAUUGGGGACUCGUAAGUACCGUAACUAAUUAAAGAUGUGCCAUGCAUUAUUGGAUUAUCACACUGAUAAAUCUGUUUGCCUUGUGAGUGAGUUUUGGGGAGCAUUCCAAAGCAGUAUUUUUGUUCAAAUUAGACUUUACUCUUUUUUUCCAAAUAUAUUACUCUUUCUAAAUACCAUUUCCUUAACAGUGAAAUUACUAGCAGUCAACUGUAUUCUGUGGUUUUUGCUGUUUUGGUAUAAAGUUUAUUGGACUCUUAUUUAUAUUUUUGAAAAAGCUAGAUAUCAGUCUGUUAGGCAACGUUAGCCUAGGUAAUACCCAGUCAUAAUGGAAUGGUCAUAAUUAUACAGAAUAAACACAUGUUGCCUUAAAGGGUUAUCUAGUAUCUUCCAUUUUGUUUAGCAAUGAAGCAAAUAAGCAAGGAAAAUUGAAUCAGUAACUCUGGUCAGUCAUUUGGGAGUGCAUGAAAGAUCACAUAAUCCUCUCUUUCCUUUUUACUGCUAUGGUUCCCAAAAUCGGUAUGCACAUCACUGGGAUGAUAUGAUAUUUUUUCUAGGUGUGCUGCCCAUUCUAGUUUGCUCUGAGAAACACUGACAGUUGAUGUAUGUUUAUAUUUUAAGACAGCUGUCAUAGGGAGACCGCAGCCUUGGUAUGAUAUCUUGCACAAUUUGUGAAGCAUUUAUUCUACUGAAGGCACAGUCUUGUUUAUACUUUCUGCACAUUUUGGUGUAUUGGUUGUUUUAAAUUAUUUAAGUUUUAACUUGUGGAAGCAUAUAAUAUGAUUUCUAGUAUUUUAGAAAUACAUUAGAGUCUGUGAGUCUUUCCUUCUUUAAGGUACAGAUGUGUGGAUUUCAAUAUAAAGUUGCAUUUGCCAAAAUUUACCUGUGUAGCCUGUUAAUUUUCUUGGAAUAAAAUUUUACAUUUUUUCCAGUUUUAUACAGUUAACCUUUUUUAUUUUGUCUAGUGAGCUAGCAUGAGAUUUGAGAAUGUGGCCAUUAUGGAUUAUUAUUCUUUGCAGUCAUUGUAUUCCCAAACUGUAAAUGCAUGAAUGAUGGGGACCACAGGAUUGAUAAAUGAUAUUAUCUACAAUAGCACUGUUGUGUAGUUUAUCAUAAUUACCCCUCUAUCUAUUCUAAGAUGUCAGUUAUAUUUAAAGGUACAACACAGUAUUAGACAUAAACUUCACAGUUUAAUUUUGGUAAGUGUAUAUAUUUGAAGCACAACAUCAUGAAUCUGUCAGACAUAAAGAAUGUUGGUUUUCUUAAGGUUUGAAAGAAAAGACUAGUGGUUUUAAUUAAAUAUUGGUGUACUCUGUCAUUGUAGUUUUAUGACCAGCCGGUUAAUCCAAAUAUAACAAACAGCAGUCAGUAACUGAAAUGCUUAAGUUUGUAUGAUAACAUUAUACAGUGUGUAUGCAGCAAUUCAGAGAGUUGUGUCUAUAUAUGAUCAGACAACUUGAUCACAGAUUUUUAGUGAGCAAUCUGUUUAUUUGACCUCACAUACACUUUAUACCAAGGUUGAUUGGUUGAGAGGCAUAGUUUAAUAUACAGAUUUGAAACAGAAAAAUCACUACACUAAUGAUUCGUCAUUGGUACAGGAAUAUUGCAGAUCAUAAUUUGAAAUGGGACCAAGAAACUUCUAGCAAAAAGGCUUUUUUAUUACACUGAAAAGGGCUUUGAAAUUAAUAUAGCUAAAAAAAUUGUCUAAGAUAGCAAAAUGGAAUAAAAAGUAAAUUAUAUGUUGAGAAAAAUUCUGGAAGCUGUCCCACUUAAGUUUACUAAGCAGUUGAUUGGCAAUAACUUCAGUCUGAUUUCUAUAAAAUAGUAACCUUUACAAGGAAAAUUGAUAUUACAUAUUGUAAUGAAGAUGUACAUAUACAUAAAGCUGUAAAUAAAGUUAUAGUAGUAGAUAUAAUAGGUUCUGACGAUUAGCCAGAUAGUUUUCAGGUAAGAUACUUUCAAAAACUGCAGAUUCAGGCCUGGGCGUGGCUGCUAAGAAAGUCAAUUGGUAUUUGCCCAUUAAUGUAAUUUGGUAGCAGAAGCAGACUCCAAAAUUUUUAUAAUGCUCUGAUUCUGGAAUACUAAGAAGGCUGUAUUUACUGUGCAGUGGGGAAAAAACUAUUUAAAAUUAUUUCCCUGGAAAUUUUGCAGACAGUAAAUGAUGUAAAUUAAAAUAAUAAACAACGAACAAGUCUGAAA